AUGUCAUCCCGUGGUUAUGGUGGAUAUCAUCGUGGUCGAGGAGGAAGAGGUGGAUCCUCCCAUUGGCAUCAACAACACUAUAAAGAGGAAUCAACAUCACCUGGGAAUUAUGAUAACUCAACAUCAUCUUCCACAUCUUAUAUGGCUUUGAAGAAUUAUUUUAUAUCUCUGGAAGGAGGUAAUUAUGCUGCUCUUAAAUCCCUAAAAGGUUCCACCUUUGCUCUAUCAGAGAGUGUGAAGUUAACCUUUCUUGCCAUUCAACCAGAUCCAUUUGCACCUGGAAGUCAAGUAUGUGUGGCAUGUCCUUGUCCCUUUUCUCUACAGAAGGUAUUAUUAAAUGAUGAUAUUAAUUCUGCGGCACCAUGCCGGCGUGUUGCUGCAGAAGAUUUUAUUCUCCGCUCCUUCCAUUCCGCCUAUCAUCAUCAACAACGGAGUUCCAAUUAUUCCUACAGUGGCGCAUUACAAGUAUUGCGUCCAUCGCAGCAUGUGUUAGAGCGUAGUACAGUUCGAUUGGUUCGUGCCAAUAACGGCAGUGUGGAGGUAUUUUUAUAUGCACGUGUGAAGUUGCCUGGACAUGGACGCCGCAUUGAUGGCCAUGGAGCUAUUCGUAUUUUAUAUGAUGAACUUCUCCCUGCUGCGACAAGAGGUGUAGUAGGAUUAGAUGAGGAACAAUUAUUUCAACAUGUCACCUGUGUACAUGAUCAGGAACAUCUUCGAUCACAAUUACACCCCGCUGGAUGUGUGGCAUUUGUGGUGAAUGGGGCGAUUCUCCCACGCGAUGCGGGGGAUUCCGAUUGUCCACUGCAGUCUGGUGCUGUGCCCUUUACGUCUCCAACAUCUCUUCAACGUACCUUUACAUUACCGUAUAGUGGGAAACAAAUAACGGGAAUGGCACUUCCACGUGGAUUAACAUUAAUUGCGGGUGGUGGAUUUCAUGGGAAAUCUACACUUCUACGGGCAUUAGAGGUGGGAGUAUAUAAUCAUACGCCAGAUGAUGGACGGGUGUUUGUUGUGGUGGAUCCAACAGCGGUAAAGAUACGAGCAGAGGAUAGACGUUCCGUACAUGGUGUGGAUAUAUCACCUUUUAUUAAUAAUUUACCGUUUAAAAAGCAAACCACCGCCUUUGCCACCUCAGAUGCCAGUGGAAGUACAAGUCAGGCAGCGAAUAUUAUGGAAGCAUUGGAGUUGGGAUCACAAUUACUUCUUUUAGAUGAAGAUACUUGUGCAACGAAUUUAAUGUAUCGUGAUGCUCUUAUGCAAAUGCUUGUACCACGUGAACAAGAGCCUAUUACACCUUUUGUCGAACGUGUAACGGAUCUUGUACAACAUCAUGAAGUUUCUUCUAUUAUGGUAGUAGGUGGAUCUGGACAAUAUUUCCCUUAUGCAAAUGUGGUAUUGGUCAUGAAUGCUUAUCAGGCUCAGGAUUGUACAGAAAGUGCUAAAAAGAUUGUGGCUACUUCAAUGACAUCUAUGCAAGGAACAUCUUCUCCUAUUUCUACGGUAUCUAUAUUUAAUCCACAUGUAAAUCGAUGUUUUGAUGGAAAUGAAACUUUUGCCACUGUUCGUUGUCGUAAAGGACGUGAAGGUACGAAAGUAAGUGGUGUAGGAAAAGAUUCUAUUCGCUUUUCAGAAGAAUCUAUUGAUCUUUCUAUGGUUGAACAGAUUGUAGAAGAAGGACAAGUUAAUGCUAUUGCGCAAUGUCUUGCAAUGUUAUUUGAUGAAGGUCCUGCCGGUGUGGAGGCGAUUCUCAAUAAGGGUAAAUCACUCCCUACAAUGUUUUCCUGUGUAGGUGAGAAGGAACCAAGACGUGCGACCUUUCACUCAGACUUUUCAAUGUUGAUUGAAGGAUGUGAUGCACGUCAACGUGAGGCUCGUCUUGAACUGCAAACACCUUCAUGUUAUUUACCGCAUGGUUUUACUACAGUAGCGAGACGGUUUGAGAUUGGGGCGGCACUUAAUCGAUUACGUACACUUCGUACAUAUGCAGCUUUGGUGAAGUAA